ACUGGUCUCCCACAGUGAACCGCUGGACAGCUCCCGUUACGAGUAUUCGGAGCCUGCAUGUUCUUUCCCAAGUCUUGGGGAUUUCUACCGCGUUACGCUUGGAGCCUUUGCGCAGAAAAAGAUGGUGAACUAACGGUUUUAGUUGUUGCUUCUUAACUUGGAAACUUAUCACCGCCGUACCUGCUUUUUGUUGCUAUUGUAUCGGGAGAUUUUCUUUGGAGCAACCGGUUCCAUACGCACGGCGUUAACGAACGGAUUCGUGCGUUGUGUGGUGUUUAGAGAAGGAUUUUUGUGAUAGUGGGACUAGUGUCGCUCAGCGGUGAAGCGCAAUCAUGGAGGGAUCAUUUGGAUGUAUUUGGGCGAAAAGACUUUCGGUAUUUGUCUGGUUAUGCUAUCUCGCCAGCGAUUCAACAUCAUAUAGUGCAGAGACCUCAUCGUCAUCUCCAUCCCAGACAGGCCAGGUGUUCGUGGACUUCAGCUUGGUUCUGGAACCCCAGGACACGGUGACAUUACGGGGCGGUGUUCUCCAGCUUGACUGCGAGGCUCAGUCAGAUCAGGGUAUUCCAGUUAUCGUCUGGAAGAAGGACGGGGUGCUGCUCAGCGCCGUGGUGGAUGAGAGGAGACAGCAGUUCCCUAACGGGUCUCUAGUGGUCCAGAACGUGGUACACUCACGACACCACCGACCUGACGAGGGGCUCUACCAGUGUCUGGCAGCGCUAGAGGGAGUGGGAGCCAUAGUCAGUCGCACGGCUAAAGUCACUGUCUCUGGUCCGUUGAAGCUCGUGGUCCCUACAGAGUCAGUGUCUUCCUACCUGGGUGACACGGCCCUGCUGCGCUGUGAGGUGACUGGUGAUCCCAUGCCCGUGGUACGCUGGCAGAAGAACAGAGAGGACCUGCCACUCACCUUAACCCCAGAGAGCAGAGUGGUGGUACUGCCCUCCGGAUCGCUCCAGGUUAGCAAGGUUCAACCACCAGACUCUGCCACCUACCGCUGCCUGGCAGACAACCCUGGCAGCGCCCGCACCGGCAGUGACGCAGACCUACGAGUGUUGCCAGAGCCUGGAACCACCAGGGGCCUUCUGUUUCUCCAGCAGCCCCAGAGAGUCACCUCCCUCCUGGGGAGAGAUGCUGUGUUGGAGUGCUCCGCUUCGGGGUUCCCUACCCCCGCCUUCCACUGGAUGAGAGGCACUGAGAUAAUCCAGAGCAGGUCUAAGAAGUACUCCCUGCUGGGCGGCAGUAACCUCCUGAUCAGCAGCGUAACAGACGAUGAUUCAGGCUCCUACAGCUGCGUGGCGUUUAACAAGAACCAGAACAUCACGGCUUCCUGCGAGCUGUCCGUUCUCGUGCCACCCCAGUUCCUGAACUACCCCACCAACACAUAUUCCUAUGAGAGUACGGACAUGGAGCUGGAGUGUGCUGUAACGGGGAACCCUCCUCCUACGGUGCACUGGAUGAAGAACGGAGAGGAGGUCAUCCCCAGUGACUACUUCCAGAUUGUUGAUGGCAGUAACCUCCAGAUCCUUGGUCUGGUGAAGUCAGAUGAAGGUUUCUAUCAGUGUGUGGCUGAGAAUGAAGCAGGGAACGCCCAGGCUAUGGCCCAGCUCAUACUGAGAGAGCCAGUUGUCCCCAGCUCAGGUGUCCUCCUCCCCUCUGCUCCCCGUGACGUGGCCCCUGUCCUAGUGUCCAGCCGUUUUGUCCGCCUCAGCUGGCGCCCCCCGCAGGAGACCAGAGGAACUGUCCAGACUUACGGCAUCUACUACUCCCAGGACACGGUCAACAGGGAGCGGUCUGUGAACGUGUCGGAGCCAGAGACCCUCCAGUUGACUGUCAGUAACCUGAAGCCAGAGGAGACCUACUCCUUCAGAGUGGUGGCCUACAACGACAACGGGCCUGGAGAGAGAUCCGAGACACUCAAACUCACCACGCCGCCAGAGUUGCAGGUCCCCGGGCCGGUGGAGAACCUCCAGGUAGAGUCCAUCUCCCCCACCUCCAUCCAGGCCUCCUGGGACGCCCCGGUCUACGCCAACGGGCCCCUGCUCGGGUACAGACUGCUCUGGACUGAGACACCCUCUGGCAAGGAACAGCUGCUCUCAGUCUCUCGCAGCUCCUCUCGGCCUCUCCCAGCUCCUCUCCGCCUCUCCCAGCUCCUCUCAGCCCCUCCCUGCUUCUUCCACUGUUUUGUAUUGGAAGACUCACGUGUUUCUCUGUUUCUCUGUUUCUCCUCUACAGUACCAAGUGGCCCUCCACAGAACAUCUCCUUGGAAGUAGUUCUGUCAAGAAGCAUUAAGGUGAGCUGGCAGCCCCCUCCUCCCAACAGCCAGAACGGGUUCAUCACCGGCUACAAGCUCCGACACCGGAAGACCGGCCGACGAGGAGACCAGGAGGCCAUCGAACCUAACAACUUCUGGUACCUGUUCACAGACCUGGAGAAAGGCAGUCAGUACAGUUUCCAGGUCUCUGCCAUGACAGCUAACGGCUCGGGCCCGGCCAGCGAGUGGUUCACCGCCGAGACGCCAGAGAAUGACCUUGACGAGAGCCAAGUCCCGAACCAGCCGAGUUCCCUCCACGUCCGACCACUGCCCAACAGCAUCAUCAUGAGCUGGACUCCUCCCCUCAACCCCAACAUCCUAGUACGGGGUUACAUCAUUGGCUACGGAGUAGGAAGUCCCUAUGCUGAGACGGUCAGGGUGGACAGUAAGCAGCGAUACUACGCCAUAGAAAACCUAGAGCCCAGUUCCCACUAUGUAAUCUCCCUAAAGGCGUUCAACAAUGCAGGAGAGGGUGUCCCCCUGUAUGAGAGUGCUGUGACCAGGUCUAUAACAGACUCCAUUGAUCCGUCAGACGACGAUCUGUUCCAUCUGUUUGAUAAAUAUCCUACUCCCAUGCCAGAUACGUCCACCCCCAUGAUCCCCCCAGUAGGUGUCCAGGCCGUGGCCCUGACCCCAGACUCUGUCAGGGUCAGCUGGGCAGACAACUCCAUGACCAAGAACCAGAAGACCACUGAGGUUCGCUACUACUCCGUCAAGUGGAAGACCAGCUACUCUACUAGCGGGAAGUUCAAGUCUGCAGACACUACAGCCCUCAGCCACACCGUCACUGGCCUCAAACCCAACACCAUGUAUGAGUUUGCUGUCAUGGUCACCAAGGGCCGUAAGUCCAGCACGUGGAGUAUGACAGCUCACGCUACUACGUACGAAGCAGCUCCCAGCUCCGCCCCUAAGGACCUGACGGUGAUCAGCAGGGAGGGAAGACCCAGAGCCAUCCUGAUCAGCUGGCAACCCCCCAUGGAGGCUAACGGACGAGUCAUGGGCUAUAUCCUGUACUACACCCUGGAUAAGAACAUGCCUAUAGAUGACUGGGUAAUGGAGAGUAUCAGUGGAGACCGUCUGACCCACCAGGUGAUGGACCUGAACCUGGACACCGUCUACUACUUCAGGAUCCAGGCUAAGAAUGCCAAGGGAGUGGGUCCCCUGUCAGACCCCAUCCACUUCAGGACUAACAAAGUGGAACACCCAGACAAGAUGGCUAACGAUCAAGGUCGCCAUGGAGACGGAAGCUACUGGCCCUCUGACAACAACCUGAUUGAUAGGAGCAGUCUGAACGACAUUGGUCAGAUGCGUCCUCCUCACGGCAGUGUGACGCCCCAGAAGAACAGCAACCUCCUGGUCAUCAUCGUGGUCUCCGUGGGAGCCGUUACUGUGGUAGUGGUCAUCAUAGUAGCGCUGAUCUGCACCAGGCGCUCCUCCGCACAACAGAGAAAGAAGCGUGCCACUCACAGUACAGGGAAGCGAAAAGGUAGUCAGAAGGACCUGAGACCUCCAGACCUGUGGAUCCAUCAUGAGGAGAUGGAACUGAAGAAUAUUGAGAAGCCUACCAGUGCCGCCCCCUCUGGAUGUGAUUCGCCCAUCCAGGGUUCCAUCCAGGAAAUCCGGUCUCAGUCUGUCAGUCACAGCCAAUCAGAGAGUCAGAUGGGAAGCAAGAGCAGCCACUCAGGUGUGGACAAUGACGAGGCUUCCAGCUGCAUCUCUACGUUAGAGCGCUCCCUAGCUGCCCGGAGGGCGACACGUACCAAGCUGAUGAUCCCAUGGACUCUCAGCCCAGCAACACCCGUAACUGUUGUCAGUGCCAUCCCAGUGCCAAUUCUGGAGAGCAGUCAGUACCCUGGCAUCCUGCCCUCGCCCACCUGCGGGUACAACCAUGGUACUCUGACCACCCACCCCAAGUUCACCCUGAGACCCAUGCCCUUCCCCAGCCUCACUGUGGACCGAUGCUACGCAGCAGCGAUGUCGACAGAGGGUUCCACUCCGCUGGGGGUUCAGCAGCAGCAGCAUACUCUGAUUACCAGCAGCAGUAGUCAGCCAGGUGUAGGAGGAGCAGGAGGUGGAGGUGAGCUCUCUCUCCCUGGCGCAGAAGAGGUACUUGCCACCUCUACCCGUACCAUCCCCACCGCCUGUGUCAGGCCAACGCACCCCCUACGAAGCUUCGCCAAUCCCCUCCUGCCUCCCCCCAUGGGGACCAUUGACCCCAAGGUCUACACACCCAUGAUGCCACAUUCAAGUGCCAGCCUUCCCAAGCCAACAGUAAAAACAGCAUCUCUGGGGCAAGUUGGCAAGGCCAGAUCACCACUACUACCGGUCUCCGUGCCAACAGCCCCCGAGAUGGGUGAAGAGGGACAGAAGCAACCAGAAGACUCAGCCAAUGUUUACGAACAGGACGACUUGAGUGAACAGAUGGCGAGCCUAGAGGGACUCAUGAAGCAACUCAACGCCAUCACUGGCUCGGCCUUUUAACCCCAGCAGCCCUGGCAGAGAGUCCCACCCAGACAGUCCGUCAGACCUUAACAGCAGCAGCACAGACAGCAGAACCACAGUAUUACACCAUAGGGCAGUGCACAGAGAGGGGGGUUAUGGUGUCAGAACCUCAGAAACACAGACACUUCUCCACCUCCCUCCCGCCUCCCCCAAAUACUGUAACCAACCCUUCUAACAGACCUCUAUGUACCCCUAUAAAUACAGUAACCAACCCCCCUGUAAUCCCAAAACAUCAAGACUAACGAUUAAGGAGAAUCUAAAAGAUUUUCCUAGUGUUGAUUUCCCUUUAAAACACCACCUUUUGAGUUUUCAUUUAUCAGUGUUAAUUUUGGAGGGUUUCCUUGUGCGUUACUGGUGUAUUGGAUUGAACUUUGAACUGAAGGCACAAGUGUUACAGCUGGGUCUAUAGGAUUAGACCUUUGGAUUGGUUAUUAUCUCCAGACACCAACGUUCAGCUGGACCCCCUCGUUCACCAAAGUUCACCCGGACCCCUCGUUCACCAACGUUUCCCUGGACCACUCGUUCACUAAUGCUUCCCUGGACCCCUCGUUCACUAACGUUUCCCUGGAACCCCUCGUUCACCAACGUUUCUCUGGACCCCUCGUUCACCAACGUUUCUCUGGACCCCUCGUUCACCAAUGUUUCUCUGGACCCCUCGUUCACUAACGUUUCUCUGGAACCCCUCGUUCACUAACGUUUCCCUGGAACCCCUCGUUCACCAACGUUUCCCUGGACCCCUCGUUCACCAACGUUUCUCUGGACCCCUCGUUCACUAACGUUUCCCUGGAACCCCUCGUUCACCAACGUUUCCCUGGAACCCCUCGUUCACUAACACUUCCCUGGACCCCUUGUUCACUAACACUUCCCUCGACCCCUCUUUCACUAACACUUCCCUGGACCCCCUCGUUCACUAACGUUUCCCUGGAACCCCUCGUUCACCAACGUUCCCCUGGAACCCCUCGUUCACUAACACUUCCCUGGACCCCUCGUUCACCAACGUUUCUCUGGACCCCUCGUUCACUAACGUUUCCCUGGAACCCCUCGUUCACCAAUGUUUCCCUGGAACCCCUCGUUCACUAACACUUCCCUGGACCCCUCGUUGCCUGGUGAUGUUGUGAGACAACAUGGGAGGUCUCACAGUAACCACACCCUUACGGCGUUGGAAUGAAACGUACACCAACUCCUUGUGAACCCGAGGCUGUCCAAAUAUGGACACCGUACACACGCUCCCUCUUCUCUUUCCUAAAACAGUGACACAGUCAGUGACCACAGCCUAGAACAUUCUACAGGCUGUGAGGAACUCUGGUUAGGCCCCGGGUACUGGAUCAUCUCAAUACGGACUCUACAGAACCAAGUUCAGACUCUGGAAAGUUCUGGAUCCUUGUUCAGGUCCAUUUGUGUUGCUGCUCCUCAACUGAACGUCUGCCCUGGUUGUGUUGCUACCCUUUAUCACAACUACAGACAGCUGUUGAAAUCGUUAAAACAACACCAAGAAUUAUAACCAGGCGCUCCAGUCAAUGUAUGAAUGGUCUUGGAACGUACUGGGAAUCAAUACAGUAUCAAAUGGUAUUUACAGGGGUUGGAAGGCUUUUGUAUGAAUGUAUGUUAUUUACUCUGAACAAUCCAUUGUUUUGGUUAAUACCACCUUAUUCACAACAUACAGCGUCUUGUGCAUUAUUAAAACCCCCGAGAGAUGUUUCUUUUUUGUUGUUGAUUAAGGCGGCGUUGAUGCUAUUGAUGAGUCGUCAUUUUAACAGUUAAGGUUUUCAUGAGACAGACACAUGUACCUCAGUUUAAGGUUGUACGGUUGACUGACUAACAAUGUGAUCACACAGGGGUUUGUUUUGGUCAUUUUUAUAUGAUAAACGAUUAUAUUAUUCCAUAUAGUAUAUUUUUACAUCAGCAGUUCUGUCAAAGCUGCAGUACAACUAUUUUUAAACCAAUUGAUUAAACCCUACUGGCUUCUAAUCUAGUUUUACAUUAUGGGGCUGCAUGGGUUGCUAUGCAUCACUGAGGAUAGAUACUGUACAUAACCUGAAGCCUUUUAACAAAACAUGGCAUCAAUAUGUACCACUUAAGUGAUAAAUGAAUCAUUAAUCGCCAUGAAAAUAGGACAUCAAUAUUCGCAUGUUUGAUUCUGGUAACCCACGGUAACUGUGCUCCCUUUAUCAUUUGCAAGCCUCUAUAUUUUUUUCCCCCCCUCUGAAGAUGGAUUGUCCCAGAGAGAACAUGUUUAGAUUAGAACACAGGAGAUAAAGGGUUAGCUACAUUGUCAUUCAGAACAUGUUUAGAUUCGAACACAGGAGAUAAAGGGUUAGCUACAUUGUCAUUCAGAACAUGUUUAGAUUAGAACACAGGAGAUAAAGGGUUAGCUACAUUGUCAUUCAGAACAUGUUUAGAUUAGAACACAGGAGAUAAAGGGUUAGCUACAUUGUCAUUCAGAACAUGUUUAGAUUAGAACACAGGAGAUAAAGGGUUGAAUUCAUUAUACUGUAUCAAAUGUUAGGAUUCAUAUUAGGACACCAGAUGGAAAUAGUAACAAUGCUCAAUAUGGUAUUGAUGUCUGUGCCAGUGAGACAUUCAAAUGGUUUAGAAUAGAGGGAAAGAAAAGUCACAGAUCAGACGACUCAUCACAGAACAAUGUCUUUAUUUCGUCACAACAGACUGUCGAGUGUGCUCUCAUUCUACGUUUUGGGGUUUUCUUUUUUAUCGGUUUGCCCUUAAAGGAAAAUUCCACAAAACAAAAUCUAGUUUUCAAGAUCUAGAAUAUUGAAAAGUCCAGAACAUUUCACAGUAUGAUGCGUUUAGGACACAUUCUAGAAUUUUAACAUUAUACAUCUUGGAAACUUGAUUGCUUGACCUGCAAAACAUUUUUAGGAUUGUUUCAACAGUGGACUAAUGAAACACAACAUUGUUUAGGUUUUUUUGGAGUGGUAUUUUCUUUUAAAUCCUUUUAUUUUUUAUUGUAUUUUUAAUUUGUUGAGAAAAAUGGAGAUGUUCUAUGUGCCUAUCAGUUUGCUUUUCCGUUCUUCGUUUCUCUCUUCGUUGGUCACUUCAUUUGAUCUGUAGGAAAAUAUGAAACGUGAUUUUGUUUUUCUCUCUUUGCCUCGACCUUAAGUGCAGGGUAACAGAUGAAGUUCUGUCGACAUAGUCUUCUCUCUUCUGAACGACAGACAGGCAGACCAUGGCUCUAUAUUUUCUUGUAUGCUGUACAUGUGUAUUACCAUGGAGAAAGGACCACUGAAGCAAGACAACAUGAAAAAAAAAUUGUCAGUCCCGAAUGGAAUCCUAUUCCCUAUUUCGUGCCCUACUUUUGACUCAAGCCCUAUGGACUUUGGUCAAAAGUAGUGCACUAUAUAGGGAAUAGGGUGCCAUGUUUUUUUUCUUCUUCCAUUGUACAGUUCCAUAGAGCAACUGAAGGACAAAUUGCUAGUUAACUCAUUGACUGUGGGUGGGUGUGGGGAGGGUACUUUUUAUGAUAAAAUGUAAUAUAUUAUUUAGAGCGCACAUUACUAUUAUUUAUGAAGAACGACGUGAUCAUUCUGGACAUGUAGUUUAGUAAUGGGGGGGGGGGAAACGACAUUUGGAAAAACCCAUUCAAGAUCUCAUUCUCAAUACUGUUAGGAAGGUGUCCAUCCCAUUUAAUGCCCUCUUCCUGUUGUCUUUCUCCCAUCAGCCACAUCAUGAUUGCGGUAUCAAUAUUAGGACAGACUCUGGAGUCACAAGCAGUUAGUCCUAAUUUGGAUACCGUACAGGAUAGCACGUCCUCUCAGAAAAGGAAGUCACCCGUAGAUAGCUUGAGUUGCAGACUUACACAGACAUCUAUCAUGUCACAAUUCACCCAAACUGUCUAGAUUGGCUGGAUAUUUGAAUAACAAGUGCAUUUGAUAAACUGUUAUGGAUGAUAGGCUAUGGUUAUAACCUGUUUUGUAUGACAGGCUAUAGGUUAUAACCUGUUUUGUAUGACAGGCUAUAGGUUAUAACCUGUUUUGUAUGACAGGCUAAAGGUUAUAACCUGUUUUGUAUGACAGGCUAAAGGUUAUAACCUGUUUUGUAUGACAGGCUAUAGGUUAUAACCUGUUUUGUAUGACAGGCUAAAGGUUAUAACCUGUUUUGUAUGACAGGCUAUAGGUUAUAACCUGUUUUGUAUGACAGGCUAAAGGUUAUAACCUGUUUUGUAUGACAGGCUAUAGGUUAUAACCUGUUUUGUAUGACAGGCUAAAGGUUAUAACCUGUUUUGUAUGACAGGCUAUAGGUUAUAACCUGUUUUGUAUGACAGGCUAAAGGUUAUAACCUGUUUUGUAUGACAGGCUAUAGGUUAUAACCUGUUUUGUAUGACAGGCUAAAGGUUAUAACCUGUUAUGGAUUAUAGGCUAUAGGUUAUAACCUGUUGUGAAUGAUAGGCUGUAUGUUAUAACCUGUUAUGGAUUAUAGACUAUAGGUUAUAACCUGUAAUGGAUUAUUGGUUAUAACAAGAAAGGACCACACUCUUUUUACUAACAAAACUGUGAUGACUGUUGAGAAGGUGAAAUAUCCAGAAAGAAGUCCUAACUCUAUGUUCUUUGAAUUCAUACUUAAAAAAUUGUCAGCCUUUUUUUUUUUGAAUUGUUAACCAAAUUAGAUUUAGUGAUUGUACAAUAUUAAAAGUGUACAUUUUUGUUCAUUUAAAGCGAAGAAGGGAAUAAGACAUAAUUGCGUAUCUUAUUAUUAUCUUAUUAUUACAAAGAGUAAGAAACCUCUUCUUCUUGUCUGUUUCUAUCCACAACGUUGUGUACAACUGGUUUUGUAAUGCACUGUAGAGCAAGCAAUUCCACUGUUCAUUCUUCUUCUUUUUUAAAUAGAAAUGGUAUUUCGAUGGUGUAUUCUUUUUGUUUGAUAAAUAAAGUUUUGAUACAAAAUA